AUGGUCUCUCUGCCCAAGUGCUUGUGCAAACGCGUCAGGUGGGACGACGCGCUGUGUGGGUCCUCGACUUGCUUGCCACUCCACGAAACUUGCCCUAACAAAGUCACUGUCUUUUCUAGUUGCUGUGGCGAGUAUCCCAUAUGGAGGAGAUCGAAGAUCCUCUGGGAAACCUCUUCGGUAGGCCUGGCCCCGUCUCGGAGCGCCUCUAAGUUGGUGAUGAUGCUCCCUCUAAGCAAGGUCCAUGGCAAGCAGUGCACUCCCCUGAACCUCUCCCUGCAAUACGCCAGCUGCGUUGUCACCGACACCAGAAUUUCGUCGAGGAGAUCGGUGAUGGCCAUAUUGCCCUAA